AUGUCUUCUUCUCUUGCUCCGUUUUCUUCUUUGAUUCCUUCUCCUCUCGCUCCAAGAUUCUUACAAACUCUAACCCAGUUCCCGAAUUCUCCGUUUCUCUCUUCAUGCUCUUUUUUGAGGUUAAAAAACGCAUUUUUACUGAAUUUGAGAACUCGAAUUGCUCCUCUUCAACCCCAACGAGUUCGGUCCAAAACCCAUGUUUUGUCUGCUCAGUCCAGUUUCUUGAAAGUUCUUAGAACCGCAUGGAAUAUUGGGAAAGACGGAAUUGAAGCUGGAACCAAUCUUGUACCUGUCUCUGUACCUAGAUCAGUUGCUAGAAUCUCUGUGACGAUUGCAGCAUUAGCGGUUUCAUUGUUUGUUGUCAAGUCGUUUCUAUCAACCGCUUUCUUUGUAUUGGUAUGUAAUGCAACACCAUCCCUAUUCGUGGACUCUUUUUCGGUGUUUACAAAGCUAAAUUACUAUGAGUUGUUUGCAUGCACAUGGUACAAUCCGAUUUUGUUGGACUUGAGUCUGGGAGAUAUCUGA